UAACAAAUCAUCGUUUGCUGCGUUAGGCCGUUUAAAAGACAAAUACUUGUACUAAUAAAUAAACAUUACAAUUAUUAUAAGUAAAUAGUUUACUAAAACAAAAACAACAACGGUUGUGACAAGUGGAAAAUCAAACAACGUAAUCACACGCCGGUUGCAGCUAUUUUAUAACAAGCAUCUACAACAACAACAAACACGCUAUAUAUAUACGAAAUGCCUGAGAAGCGUGUAGUGCCUGUGAUUGCCUCUUUGGCUGACUUUGAAAGCAAAUUGUCUGGUUAUUUGGAUCCAAACACUCCACUUGCUUUACUACUUGACUACGAUGGCACUUUGUCCGGCAUCGCCGAUAAUCCCUCAAGUACUUUUCUCACAGCGAAUAUGAAGAAGUUGCUACACGAAUUAGCUGCACAUCCGCAAAUAUUCAUGGCCAUUAUCUCGGGACGCGGACUGCGUGAUGUACAAUCAUGUUUGGGCAUCAAAGGCAUCACAUACGCGGGCAAUCACGGCUUGGAAAUCGAGAUUGGCGAUGGCACUAGGCACGACUAUGCGCUCCCCGCUGAACUGCAGAGGCUUUACACUACUAUUGUAAAUGAAUUGACGGAAAAGUUGGAGAAUAACGGUGCGUGGGUUGAAGAUAAGAAGGUGUCGCUAACCUUUCACUAUCGCGACGUGGCCGACGAUGCGGCGGAACAAUACAAGCAAGCGGCUAAGGCGAUAAUUGAGUCGCAUGGCUUCCGUGCGAAUCAAGCGCACAUGGCGAUCGAGGCGAAGCCACCGGUCAACUGGAACAAAGGCGAAGCGGCAUUGCUGAUUUUGAAGAAUCAAUUUGGUGAGGAUUGGGCUAAGAAAAUCAAGGUGAUAUUCGCGGGUGACGACACAACCGAUGAGGAUGCCAUGCGGUUAUUACAAGGCACUGGUAUAUCAUUCCGUGUUUCGACCGAUCCUAAUAUUGAGACCUAUGCUGAUUUUCGUUUGGCACGCCAGCCUGUCGUGGAGGAUUUGAUGGCGUGGAUAAACAACACCCAUAAUUGAAGAUAUGGACAU